CAACCUCAAGGUAGGAAAUUUAGCAACAGUUGUAUUUUUUAACCUUCACCGUAAAAGAAACUAAACACCGUUCGGAUUUCGUCUUGGUCACGUGACGUUCACAAAAUCAACUUCCUUUUCCGCUUCCGAACCCUCAUCAUGAAGGCUAAAGGCGAGUUGCAAGAGUACAAGGUGAUCGGCAGGGGUCUCCCCUCCGAGAAAAACAGAACGCCUGCUCUGUACCAGAUGAGGAUAUUUGCCCCUGACAAGGCUGUCGCAAAGAGUCGUUUCUGGUACUUCUUGAGUCAGCUGAGAAAGCUGAAAAAGGCAACUGGUGAAAUUGUCAGUGUCAACAGAAUUUACGAGAAGAGGCCUCUGAAGAUCAAGAACUUCGGUAUCUGGCUUCGUUACAACUCCCGCAGUGGCACCCACAACAUGUACAGGGAAUACAGAGACUUGACCGCUGGCAAGGCUGUCACACAGUGCUACCGUGACAUGGGAGCUCGUCACAGGGCCCGUGCUCACUCAAUCCACAUUAUCAAGGUGGAGGAGAUUGCUGCCAACAAGUGCAGGAGACCCAGCACUUUGCAGUUUCAUGACUCCAAGAUCAAGUUCCCUCUUACUCACAGAGUCAACAGAAAACUUCAUGCUCCUCGCUUUACCACCAGCCGGCCACAUACAACUUUCUAAGCCUAAUAUGAUCUAGGAAAUAAAGUUUGAGUUGUGGUGAAAGAAUCGUUAAAUCAA